GCCAAUUCCUAGCCAACAUGUCCGGUACCACAGUGGAGGAAGAUGCGAUCGACGAGAUCCUUUACCUAUCGCGCGUGAACGAGGUUACUGAACUCGCGGCAUACAUCUCACAGCUCUCGCAACAGACAAAACACUCAAAGCCCGACUUAGUCGCCGCGGCGGUAGACCCAUAUUCGAAGAAUAGCGCGCUGCACUAUGCCGCGGCUAACGGACAUAUAGACGUUAUCAAGCUCCUGCUCUCCUUCAACACGGACAAGGCUACGACGUCUGCGCCGGGGCUUAUCAACGCGGCGAAUGAUGCGGGAAACACGGCUCUCCAUUGGGCAGCGCUGAACGGACACCUCGGAUGCGUGAAACUGCUCGUGCAGUCCGGCGCCGACGUUACAAUCAUCAACAAGGCGGGGCACGACGCGGUGUUUGAGGCGGAGAUCAAUGACAAGAAAGAGGUAGUGGAGUGGCUACUUGGAGCUGUGGAGGACUUGGAGAAGGGGAUAGGUCAGACUGGAGGAAGCUCUGCGGACGGUGACCAGGAGGGUGGUGACGCCAUGGAGGAGACGGACAAGAACACCACGUCUAACGGGGCGAGUGCGACUGGCGUUGAGGAUCUGAGGAAGGGUAUGGAAGGGCUGGAGACUGGAAACGGGACCUCGCAGGGUGGGUGAGCAAGAGAAGGAUGGCCGCAAUUAAAGAUAUAUUGCUGACAGUCCUUGCGACCUGCGAGGACAUGCGCUCUGCCGGAGGCUCAACAUGUGAGAUAUAGUAGCCGGAAUACGGGCAGCCAUGGCCACGUGGAAGGGGUCAUUAUCUGGCAAGAUCUGCUCUCCCAGGAUCGGGGUCCACGACGAAACGCGUCUCCUGCAGCGUCGAGGAAACCGGAAGAACUUCACCCAGAAAGGGUCUGCGGCACAGCUUAAAAUGAUUACUAUCCUACACUGCUCUGCUACAUUGUCCAAAUGCCGGAUAACCUGGUACCGCCGACGGCUUUUGUGAGUGACGGUACUCAGAUACAGAAUUAAAUCGAUCAUCUCCGGUCGCGUUGCCU